AGUUCUGCAAGAUUUACACAAAACACACAUUAUUACAAAUUUAUUCCUCUCAAUUUGUGUUUGUGUAAAAAGGAGCCAAACUAACAACAUAUCUUCUGCUCCAUUAUUAUUGGCUUCCUCAUUUGCUCCCAUGAGAAUGAGAAUGCUUUCUUUUACCUGCAUUCUCUUCUCUCUCCUGGCCACUCUCUCUCCUCUUUUCAUUCAAGCUUCCACCUUCAAUCUAACACUCCCUCAUCCUGACCCUGAAGCUGUGGCUCUACAAGUCCAAAGAAGAAUACUUGCCUCUACUAUCUCGAAAGCUCAGCAAUCAUGUGCCACAGGUAAUCCAAUUGAUGAUUGUUGGAAAUGUGACCCAAAUUGGGGAAACAACAGGCAGCGCCUGGCAGAAUGUGGCAUUGGAUUUGGCCAGGCUGCAGGUGGAGGCAAAGGGGGCCAGAUCUAUGUAGUCACAGACUCAUCCGACCACGAUGUGGCUAACCCAACUCCGGGCACUCUUCGCCACGCUGUGAUCCAAACUGAGCCUCUUUGGAUUGUGUUUGCAGCCAAUAUGCAAAUUAAGCUCAAACACGAGCUCAUUGUCAAUAGUUAUAAGACUAUUGAUGGCCGCGGUGCUAAUGUUUACAUCACUGGCAGCGGUUGUAUCACAUUGCAGUAUGUUAGUAAUGUGAUUGUUCACAACAUUCAUGUGUACAAUUGUGUGCCUUCUGGGAAUACUAAUAUAAGGUCUAGUCCUACUCAUGUUGGGUACAGAGGGAAAUCGGACGGUGAUGGGAUCACCAUAUUCGGGUCUAGAAAUAUUUGGAUAGACCAUUGUGCUCUUUCUCAUUGUACUGAUGGUCUGAUUGAUAUUACUAUGGGCUCCACAGCUAUCACAAUUUCAAACAACUAUUUUUCGCAUCAUAAUGAAGUUAUGUUAAUGGGACACGAUGAUCGUUACAUGCCGGAUAAGGGAAUGCAGGUGACAAUUGCAUUCAAUCAUUUUGGACAAGGAUUGAUACAACGGAUGCCUCGGUGUAGACACGGAUACUUUCAUGUUGUAAACAAUGAUUUUACAGAAUGGAGAAUGUAUGCUAUCGGUGGUAGUGCUAGUCCUACAAUUAACAGCCAGGGCAAUCGAUACAUGGCACCGUCUGACCCAUCUGCCAAGGAGGUGACUAAGCGGGUUGACACAGAAGAGGGAGACUGGGCGGGGUGGAACUGGAGAACAGAUGGAGACGUAUUGGAAAAUGGAGCAUAUUUUGUGCCCUCAGGUCAAGGCCUCAGUAAUCAGUAUACCAAGGCAGCUAGUGUCGAGGCCAAAUCUGCUGCCAUGAUUGAUCAACUCACCAGCACUGCCGGUGUUCUUGGAGGCCCCAGGGACAAUGGCGACCGUAUAUCUUACAGCGGCGGGACCACCACGGGAGCAAGUAGCAGCGGCGGUGGUGGUAGUGGAGGUGAAGAUUUUUUUGGCAUGAUAUUCGGGAGCGCCGCUCCACCAUCCACGACCAAGGGCAGCCUAUUUUUGUCGAUUUUAAUUAUUUUAGUUUUGUAUAUGACUACUAGUGAUGGCGCAUUAUUAUCUUUACCAUUAUUGUUACUAUAGUACUUGGAACAGACUGGGAUACUUUUUAGUGGGAAAUUAAAAAGGAAAAAAAGAAAAAUUCAAGAUUCAA